CACCACACCAAAUCUGAUCAGAUUUUUAGUCUUGUCUCGAAACUUAAGCAAAGCAACUAUAAACCAUCGAUAUUACAGUUAUUUGUGUCAUCGAUGGUUUGACGCAGUAGCUAUAAAUUGUUAAUUGUUCUUUCUGGCACACACAAACACACACACGCAGACAAACAGGGACGCACACUCGCUUAGUGGCAAGAAGGGGAACCAACGGACGAAGAGGAUGAGCAGCCAGGGACACCACAAAAUGCAGGGAUGCAGCGGACUCUCCGGCGGAAUGCAAAGUGCCGCAUCCAGUGCCUCCGGCAAGAACAACGGCGCCCAGGAGCAGGAGUUCACCGACGAGAUCGACCUGGGCGACCGCUUCUCGGCGGACAUGGCCCGCCUCUGCAUGAACGAGCGCUACUCGGACGUGGAGUUCGUCGUCGAGGAGCAGCGCCUGCCCGCCCACCGCGUCGUCCUUGCCGCCCGCAGCGAGUAUUUCCGGGCCCUGCUCUACGGCGGAAUGGCGGAGACCACACAGCGCCAAAUACCGCUCGAAGUGCCGCUGGAUCCGUUCAAAGUCCUGCUGCGGUACAUCUACUCGGGCACCCUGCUCCUGUCCACCCUGGACGAGGACGCCGUCAUCGAUGUCCUGGGCAUGGCCAACCAGUACGGAUUCCAGGACCUCGAAAUGGCCAUCUCGAACUAUCUGCGCCAGUACCUGGCCCUCAACAAUGUUUGUAUGAUCCUGGAUGCCGCACGACUCUACAACCUGGAGGAGCUCACCCAGGUGUGCCUCAUGUUCAUGGAUCGCAAUGCGGCCGAGUUGCUGCAGCACGACUCCUUCAAGACCCUGUCAAAGGAAUCGCUGGAGGAGGUGCUGCGACGCGACUGCUUCUUCGCCCCCGAGGUGCAGAUCUUCCUGGCCGUUUGGAAGUGGAGCCGCUACAAUCCCAACGUGGACAUCAAGUCGGUGGUGAGCUUUGUGCGCCUGCCGCUCAUGAACCUCGAGCACCUGCUGCAGGUGGUCCGUCCCUCGGGCAUCCUGGAGCCCGACAAGAUCCUCGACGCCAUCGACGAGCGGAGCACCUCGAAAACACUGCCCUACAGGGCGGCCCUCUGGCCGGAGGAGAACGUGGCCACCGCCAAGUUCUUGUCGCGCUGCAUCCAAGGCGAGUGUCGCACGGCCCUGCUGGAUGGCGAUGUGACCACCUACGACAUGGAGCACGGCUACACCCGCCACUGCAUUACGGACAGCAACGACGCGGGUAUUGUGGUGGAACUGGGCACGCUCUGCAUGAUCAAUCACAUACGAAUGCUGCUCUGGGACAGCGACAGUCGGGCGUACUCCUACUUCGUGGAGGUGUCCGGCGACCAGCAGCACUGGGAGCGCGUGGUCGACUACAGCGACUACCACUGCCGCUCCUGGCAAUACUUGUAUUUCGCAGCGCGUCCCGUGAGAUUCAUCCGCCUAGUGGGCACCCAGAAUACGGUCAACCGGGUAUUUCAUGUGGUGGGCCUGGAAGCUAUGCACACGUUGGCCGUACCGCGACUAAUCGACCAUUUCGUGGCGCCCAAGGCGAACGUGGCCACCAUCGAGAAGAGCGCAAUUGUGACGGACGGCGUAAGUCGCACGAGGAAUGCGCUGAUUAAUGGGGACUAUGUGCGAUACGACUGGGACUCGGGCUACACGUGCCACCAGUUGGGCAGCGGCGAGAUCGUCGUCCGUCUGGGCCAACCCUAUCACGUCGGCUCCAUGCGCCUUUUGCUGUGGGACUGCGAUGACCGCACAUACAGCUUCUACAUCGAAACCUCGACGAACCGCAAGGACUGGCAGAUGGUGGUGGACCGACGCAAUGACAAGGCCCGCUCUUGGCAGAACUUUCACUUCACUCCACGUCCCGUGGUCUUCAUCCGCAUCGUGGGCACCCGCAACACGGCGAAUGAGAUCUUUCAUUGCGUCCACCUGGAAUGUCCCACACAGGACAAGUGCUACUUAAAGAAGAUAGCCGACAUGGAAAAGGAUCGGGAGAAGGUCAAGGAGCGGGAGACGGACAAGAAGGUCAAGCCUGAAGAUGACAAUACUGCCUCUACCUCAGGAACUUCGAUGGCUGCCCUCACUGAAAGUCCCUCCUCUUCGACCAGCAGCCAGAGCGUCUUAAAGUCCACCCACUGGCCGCCACAGACACAGUCUCCCAAAACGGAGCAGACCAAGGAAAAAGCAGCGGCCGAAGUCCCCGUCCUGCCGACCAAUUCCCCGACAACCACGCCGACGCUGCCUGCUCCUCUAACCCCUUCAGUCUCGCCGCCUCUCAAGCGAGAGCGAAAUGAGCCAGGCAAGAGUCCCAACGCAAGCCCCAACACAAGCACCAGUCCGAGCAGCAAUCCAAGCCCAAGCCAAAGCAGGAGCAGAAGCCAGAGUGCGGAGCCCGAACCAGUGCCGCCAUUGGUGGAGCUGGACACGAAGGAGGAGCGCUGAGAGCUGCUGCAGAUGAUGAUAUUUUGUACUUGAUCCCUUUGAAAUACUCCUGUGGUCAAACUGUUAAUCCCUGGCAGAGUGUGCACCCUGUUAGUUGCGCUUAUUUGUAGUUUGCAGGCCGUGCUGCUCUUGUUAUCUAGUCCUUCCCAGUGCCCCGAUUUUGGGGCUCCAAAACAUUCGCAUCGCUAAUUGUUUUUGCGUUCAUACCUUAAUAUAUAUAUGUACAAAAUGUAUAUAUAUAUAGUUUUGAUUUAUUGUGAUCCAGAGAGAAUUCCUUUUGUUUGCAAGGCAGCAGAGUUAUAUUUAUAUUAGGAAUACCACUUAAUUCUAUGCACAUACUUAUCGCGAACUCGAAUGAGAUUUCCGAGCAGCUGAACCAAAAUUGUAUACGAGGUCCGAACACGGAGUCGGCAUCUGUCCAGAGUUGUGUCCUGUCCAUGUCCCCAACCAAAAUUAUCCAGUUCAUCCGCAACUCAUAGUCUAGGCUCUUCGAGCGGCCCAAAAAGUAAGCUCUAUUUAUUAGGCAAAAUUUGUCAUAGUUUGUACUGCACCCAAAUAAAAGCUAACCAAAAAAAUGAACUACA